AUGUCACAUACUGCUGAGGAUGCCCGUGUAUUCCGUGAGAUCCUGCAACGUGACGAAGAAUGCAAACACUGCUUUGAGUGUGGUGCUUUAAGUCCACAGUGGUGCGAUGUGAAUCACGGUGUUUUUGUCUGCCUGGACUGCAGUGGUGUUCACCGCAGCUUGGGGGUCCACCUUUCGUUUGUGCGUAGUCCCACCAUGGAUGGAUGGACCAACUGGCGGCCGGAAAAACUUCGCCAGAUGCAAAUUGGUGGUAACCGGAGAGCCCGCGAAUACUUUGAACGAAAUGGAGUUCCCAAGGCACCCAUCAGAGAGCGUUACCAAUCUCUUGGUGCGCUACGGUACGGUGCCAUGUUGGAAGCGGAAGCUCUUGGCCAACCGUUUGAUGAGAGCUCGUGGGCACCACCUGAGUGGUACGAGCGCAUGGUGCAAAGUGAGCGAAACCGACCGAAUGGCGAGGGGAUGCCUCCGCAAGCACCUCAACAACAUCGACCAAUCAACGGCAUGUGGGGAGAGGGCCAUGGCAGUACGGGAAGUGGUGGUGGUAAGGAGUGGUUGGAUACUCUCAGCGGUGGGUGGUCCGUAUUUUCAAAGAAGACAAAAGAGAUAGCGGAAACGGCCGGCGCUCAAGCGCGAUCUCUCAUAACAGAAACGAAUGUCGAGGGUGUAAAGGGCACGUUGGCGUCAGGUUGGGGCGCGAUCUCGGGGUUUGCUACGCAGAUGUCGUCGAAGCUUCUGAAUAAAAAUCAGGAAGAUGAUUUGAGCGUUUUGUCGGAUAUGACCCAACAUGUAAAAACGGCAGUACAGGAUGACAACCAAGGUUUAGUGGGUCGAAACAUGACCCAAAGCCACUCUGAGGUUGGAAAUGCGGCUUUUAAGGGUCAAGCAAACCCUUACGAUGGGGACUUCCAAUCAAAGAAAGACUAA